GCGGCGUCUAACCUAAAAUUAGGCGCGCAGUGUUGUUUUUUUGUCGGCCGGAGUUUUUUGCAAAUUGUGGACAAUUUCGCAAGGCGGCGUAAUUUAUUGUUAUUCUAUUUUGUUACAACGAGCAGCAGCCGAAGCGCAGAAUGACGGACUCACUGGAGUACAACGACAUAAACGCCGAGAUGCGCGGUGUCUUGUCUUCGGGACGCCUCAAGCUGACCGACCAGAGCAUCAUCUUUAAGAACACAAAGACCGGCAAAGUGGAGCAGAUCUCGGCGGAGGACAUAGACCUGAUCAACUCGCAGAAGUUCGUGGGCACCUGGGGACUGCGGGUGUUCACCAAGAGCGGGGUGCUCCACCGCUUCACGGGAUUCCGCGACAGCGAGAACGAGAAGCUGGGCAAGUUCAUCAAGGAUGCCUACCGGCAGGAGAUGGUCGAGAAGGAGAUGUGCGUCAAGGGCUGGAACUGGGGCACCGCCCGCUUCAUGGGCUCCGUCUUGAGCUUCGACAAGGAGUCGAAGACCAUCUUCGAGGUGCCCCUGUCGCACGUUUCCCAGUGCGUCACCGGCAAGAACGAGGUGACCCUCGAGUUCCACCAGAACGAUGAUGCGCCAGUUGGUCUGCUGGAGAUGCGGUUUCACAUACCCGCCGUGGAGUCGGCCGAGGAGGAUCCGGUGGACAAGUUCCACCAGAACGUGAUGAGCAAGGCCUCGGUCAUCUCGGCCUCCGGAGAGUCCAUCGCCAUAUUCAGGGAGAUCCAGAUCCUUACGCCUCGCGGUCGCUACGACAUCAAGAUCUUCUCCACCUUCUUCCAGCUGCACGGCAAGACGUUCGACUACAAGAUUCCCAUGGACUCGGUGCUGCGGCUCUUCAUGCUGCCGCACAAGGACAGUCGGCAAAUGUUCUUCGUGCUCUCCCUGGAUCCGCCCAUCAAGCAAGGACAGACGAGGUAUCACUACCUGGUCCUGCUGUUCGCUCCCGAUGAGGAGACCACCAUUGAGCUGCCCUUCUCCGAGUCCGAGUUGCGCGACAAGUACGAGGGCAAGCUGGAGAAGGAGAUCUCCGGGCCGGUCUACGAGGUGAUGGGCAAGGUGAUGAAGGUGCUGAUCGGCCGAAAGAUCACCGGACCCGGCAACUUUAUCGGACACUCUGGCACGGCGGCCGUGGGCUGCUCCUUUAAGGCCGCAGCUGGUUACUUGUAUCCCCUGGAGCGGGGAUUCAUCUACAUCCACAAGCCACCGCUGCAUAUUCGCUUCGAGGAGAUCAGUUCGGUGAACUUUGCCCGCAGCGGCGGCUCCACGCGCUCCUUUGACUUUGAAGUCACGCUCAAAAACGGAACCGUUCACAUUUUCUCCUCCAUCGAGAAGGAGGAGUACGCCAAGCUCUUCGACUUCAUCACACAGAAGAAGUUGCAUGUGAGCAACAUGGGCAAGGACAAGAGUGGCUACAAGGAUGUCGACUUUGGCGACUCGGACAACGAGAACGAGCCGGAUGCCUACCUGGCUCGCCUCAAGGCGGAGGCCAGGGAAAAGGAGGAGGACGACGACGAUGGCGACGACUCGGAUGAGGAGUCCACGGAUGAGGACUUCAAGCCCAACGAAAACGAGUCGGACGUGGCCGAGGAGUACGACAGCAAUGUGGAGAGCGAUUCGGACGACGACAGCGAUGCCAGUGGCGGAGGUGGAGAUGGUGACAGCGAUGCCGCCAAAAAGAAGAAGGAGAAGAAGGCCGAAAAGAAGGAGAAAAAGGAGAAGAAGCACAAGGAGAAGGAGCGAACAAAAAAAGCCACCAAGAAGAAGGACACCGGCAAACCCAAGAGAGCAACAACCGCCUUUAUGCUCUGGCUGAACGACACGCGCGAGAGCAUCAAGAAGGAGAACCCCGGCAUUAAGGUAACCGAGAUUGCCAAAAAGGGCGGCGAGAUGUGGAAGGAGCUGAAGGACAAGUCCAAGUGGGAGGAGGCGGCGGCCAAGGACAAGCAGCGCUACCAAGACGAGAUGCGCAACUACAAGCCUGAAGCAGGCGGCGGCAGCGACAACGAGAAGGGUGGAAAGGCGACGAAGAAGCGCAAGACAGAGGCUUCUCCGUCGAAAAAAGCAAAUUCCUCCGGCAGCGGCUUCAAGAGCAAGGAGUACAUUUCCGACGAUGAUUCCACCAGUUCCGACGACGACAAGGCCAAGUCCAAGGACAAUGAGCCCGCCAAGAAGAAAAGUAAACCCACAUCCGAUGGCGAUGCCAAAAAGAAAAAGUCCAAGAGCGAAAGCGAACCGGAGGAGAGCGAGGAGGCCAGCAAUGCGAGCGAUGAAGAUGAGGAGGAUGAGGAUGAGGAAGAUGAGGCCAGUGAUUAGGCCCUUCUGAACACAAAACACAACAUAAUUCCAUAUACCAGCCUCACACACCCAUGCCCCAAAUCUAGUUUACAUUCGCCUAGUUUAGUUAAGUGCUGCCUGUUGGAUACAGACCAAUAUGUUUUUUUGUUUAAUUAAAACUCAACAACAAAUCGAGAGCUCAAGUAAUUAAACAGAAUUGAUAAUUGCUCAUAA